AUGGCCAAGUGGCUCAUCAACGCGUUACGUUUGUUGGUGAUUCUGAAGCCCGCUUGGAGUAAAACUGCGGCGGAGGAUGCCAGUGAGGCGGCACGCCAGAGCACGCCGGAGCGGCGCGUCCUGACGGGUUCGAGCUCCGGCCGGGACGCGGUGACCAGCAGCAUGAUGAAAGUUUAUGAGAACUACAGCAAAGACCCGCGCAGCCACAAGCAGGGAAACACAGUGAGGAGCUUCACCGCUGUCCCUAGAGUGUUGCAUGGGAAAGAAAUACUGCAGUUCAACUUCUCCUCCAUCCAAGACUCAGAGGUCAUCCUGUCUGCCUCCUUUAACUUCUUCCUCAAGCGUUCACACCAGCGGUCGUGGCGUUUCCGGAGACCUCGGCACCCAUUCGCUGCCGUCCACCCUCAACUUCCUCCUUCCCUGCAGAUCCGGUUCCACGCAUUAUCGCCAAACUCUUUCUCCACAACACUGCUGGGGAACAUCACAGUAAGCUCCUUUAAAAAAAGUGCGUGGCAGUCGAGGGAUGUUACAACGGUGAUCAAGCAAGCCAGAGAAGGCCUCAUCAUCAUGGUGGAGACCGACUGGGUUCUGAGGGCAAAUCGGCAUCAUAGAAGUCUCUCUGCAGACAACAUGCCUUUUAUAAUUCUCUAUGCUGAUGAUCAAGCCAUAAACGAGCCCAACAGCGUGGCUGCGACCCUGCAGAGGUACGGACCUUUCCCUACCGGGGAGGAUGCGUCCACCUCAUCUUCGAGGAUCCGGAGAGAGCUCCAGCUCCAGAUCCAAACGAACGACAUCCCGGAGGUCCAGUUCAACACCCUCAAGAACCACGAACUGUGGCAGAGCACGUAUUUUCCGGCCAAAUCCAAAAGCAAACCUGGAAGGAAGCAGAACCAGGAGAGCAGGGAGGUGCUGAGCUUUGACGAGAGGACAAUGAAGAAAGCCCGCAGGAGACAAUGGAGUGAGCCCAGGAUUUGCACCAGGCGGUACCUCAGGGUGGACUUUGCUGACAUCGGAUGGAGUGAAUGGGUAUUAGCACCCAAGUCAUUCGACGCCUACUACUGUGCUGGAUCCUGUGGAUUCCCCAUCCCUAAGGUGGUGCGUCCUUCCAAUCACGCCACCAUCCAGAGCAUCGUCCGGGCUGUGGGAAUCGUGCCGGGUAUUCCGGAACCGUGCUGCGUGCCAGAGAAGAUGAACCCACUCAGCGUCCUCUUCUUGGACCCGGACAGGAAUAUGGUUCUCAAGGUUUAUCCGGGAAUGUCUGUGGAUACUUGCGCCUGCCGGUAG